AUAAUCUUUGUGAUAUGGGUACAACAACAUCACCUCCUUCCUCUCAUGGCCUCACCGCCCUAUUUUUCUCUCCUCCGCUGCCAGUUUUGGGUGGUGCUAUCAUUAUUUCUCCGACGCCGUUUCUUAGCAAAACGCAGUUUCCUUCAAAUCUCUCUUCGCUCUUUCUUCCAACUCUCGCUUCCUUCUCUCUCCUUGACGCCCUCUCCCUCUUCAACGACGCCAAUAGACUCAUCGAUCAAAACGAAAACUUCUCUCAGUUCGCCAAUAUCACUUCAACACUAUAAGCAGUCCAAUUUCGUUGAACCCAUAUCACAAAGAUUUGAUUUUAAUUCAUUAUAAGCAGUCUGAUAUCACUUCUCUCGGUUCAUUCAUUCGUUGAUUUGAUUUUAAUUUUUGUUUUUUUUUUUUAUUUGAAUUUGAAGUGAUGAAUUGUAAUUGUGGAUAUUUUCAGUGCGUUUGUUCAGGAAUUUCGUAAUUGUGAAACUGCGUGGAAUUUUGAAGCUUUGUUUGUCAUUGUUUAUGAGAUUAGGGUUCUUGCUGAAAGGUAUAUUUUUCUCUACCGGUGUUAAAAGAUGGCUCCAACUUCAAAGUGAAAGUGGUAAUAGCACCACCCAAAACCGGCAGCGGUGGGGAGAGAAAUAGGGCGGUGAGGCCAUGAGAGGAAGGAGAUGAUGUUGUUGUACCCAUAUAUCACAAAGAUUGUUUUUCAUAUUCUCUUCUAAUCUUAUCCCUUCGAUUGUUUUUUGCCGCAUGUCACGUAUCCAACGGUUGGAAUGGAUUAAAUGGAGCAUACCUGAACUCCAAUGGCAACAAUGUUGUCUAUAUCCUUUUGAUGGAAACCAUCGACUCCUUAACUCAAUUUUUCAUUAUUAUAUUCAUCAUCCAACAACAACAUCAUAGUCAUUCCUCUAUUUUAUCUCCUAUUUCUCUUCUCAAUCUCUAAUACUAUAUACUAUUUAUAUUCCAUACUUCAACUACAAUAAUGCUCAAAUUUCAAUUCAUCAAAUUCUCCUCUUUUUUUCCUUCAAAACCCUCAUUUUUUCCUCUUUCAAUUUCCACUACAAUUAAGCUCAAAUCACAAAUGGCUUCUUACUCUUCUUAUUCUUCUUCCAAACUCUUGUUUCGUCAGCUUUUUGAAAAGGAAUCAUCUACUUACACUUACCUUCUUGCUGAUGCUUCACAUGCUGAAAAACCAGCACUUUUGAUUGACCCUGUUGAUAGGACAGUAGAUAGAGACUUAUCACUUAUUCAAGAAUUGGGUUUGAAGCUUGUGUAUGCUUUGAAUACACAUGUACAUGCUGAUCAUGUUACUGGGACUGGCCUCAUCAAGAGCAAAGUUCCUGAUGUAAAGUCUGUUAUUUCAAAAGCAAGUGGUGCAACGGCAGAUAUUUAUGUAGAGCAGGGUGAUAAAAUCCGUUUCGGCAAUCUUUAUAUAGAGGUUCGUGCAACUCCCGGCCACACCUUAGGUUGCCUUACCUAUGUUACAGGAGAUGGACCUGAUCAACCUCAACCUAGAAUGGCAUUCACCGGGGAUACCCUAUUAAUACGCGGAUGUGGAAGGACUGACUUUCAGGGUGGUAGUUCAGAGAAUCUUUACAAAUCGGUCCAUUCACAGAUAUUUACGUUGCCGAAAGAUACAUUACUCUAUCCAGCUCAUGACUACAAAGGAUUCUCUGUAAGUACUGUCGGAGAGGAGAUACAGUAUAAUCCGCGCCUAACAAAAGAUGAGGAAACUUUCAAGAACAUCAUGGGAAAUCUUAACUUGUCAUAUCCAAAAAUGAUCGACGUAGCUGUUCCGACAAAUAUGGUUUGUGGAAUCCAAUCCAAAACAGGCUGAGCUUUUAACGGUCUUGUCUGACAGUCACAUGGCGAUGUUAUUCAACACGAAGGCAUUGCUAGUAAAGGAAAAUAAAUAAUGCUAAUUGUUCUUUGUGUUGAAAAGGAAAAGGAAAAUGAAGAUUGUAAACAAAUAAAUUGAUGAUUAUUGAACUCAAUAUUAUUAUGCUGCGUUCUAUUC